AUGGAGAAAAUACCUUACCAACAAGCAGUAGGAUCUUUGUUGUAUGCAGCUCAGAGUACUAGGCCCGAUAUUGCCUAUGCGGUAAGUCUAGUAAGUCGAUACAACAAUGACCCAGGUAAACCGCAUUGGAACGCCGUCAAAAGAAUAUUCAGGUAUUUAAAAGGUACAAUUAACAAGAAGAUUCAAUAUUCUAAACACGAAAAUUCUGCGAUCAUGGGAUUUUCUGACGCCGAUUGGGCAGGAGAUGUAGAUAACCGCAAAUCCGUUACGGGCUAUGUUUUCCUGAGUCAAGGUGGUGCAAUUUGUUGGAAUUCUAAAAAACAACCAACCGUUGCAUUAUCUACGACGGAAGCCGAAUACAUGGCACUUUCAGCUACAGUCCAGGAGGCGUUGUGGCUUCGAAACUUUAUGAAGGAACUGGAUGGAAAAGAAGCUGAACCGACAAAAAUUUAUUGCGAUAACAAAAGUGCAAUAGACUUAGCUGCAAUUGCGAAUUAUAGACCACGAACCAAACAUAUAGACGUGCGCCAUCAUUUCAUAAGACAACAUAUUUUAAACAAUGAAAUAAUUUUAAGUCCGGUUGGCACUCGUGAAAUGACAGCAGACGUUCUAACAAAAGGACUACCUCGGGAAGCUCAUCAAAACUGUAUUGAAAAAAUGGGUCUCUUGAAUGAUCAAUACCAGCAGUCCUAG